CUUGGCAGUGUCCUUCUGAAACAAAAGAAAUUCCUCUACAACUUCAAGAACUUGCGCUGGGCCAAAGGCCGUCACGAAACAUACCUUUGCUAUGUGGUCAAACGGCGGAACAGUGCAACAUCCUGCUCCCUGGACUUUGGAUAUCUGCGCAAUAAGUCGGGUUGCCACGUUGAAGUUCUCUUCCUGCGUUACAUCGCUACCUGGGACCUGGAUCCAAGGCACUGCUAUCGGAUCACUUGGUUCACCUCAUGGAGUCCGUGCUAUGAUUGCGCACGGCAUGUGGCCGACUUCUUGUAUGCCUACCCUAACCUAACCCUGCGCAUCUUUGCUGCCCGCCUGUACUUCUGUGAGGAACGGAAUGCCGAACCUGAGGGGCUGCGUCGCCUCCACCGGGCAGGAGCUCAGAUUGCCAUCAUGACCUUCAAAGAUUACUUUUACUGCUGGAACACCUUUGUAGAGAACCGCAAGAAGACCUUCAAAGCUUGGGAAGGGCUUCAUGAAAAUUCUGUGCGUCUAACCAGAAGGCUCCGCCGUAUCCUUUUGCCACUUUAUGAGGUUGAUGACUUGCGAGAUGCCUUCCGAAUCCUUGGACUCUGAAAUGCUAAGGCAGUGGGCAAAGGGGAGGGGAAAUGGCAUUUCAGCAACAUUCCAGGAAGAAUAGUCUUGAAAUAUUCAACUCCAUGUCCCAGUUUUCCCUUCUCUGCUUUUCAUGAACACCUGCAUCCUGAGAAAAUGUCGGAAUAAAUGAGGAAGACAUUCUGAGGCUACCUUCAUGUGCACACUGGGGCUGUGCUCUGUUCUUUGUUGGGAGAAGGCAGAGACAGGCUUUCCAAGCCACAAGACCCUAUUGAUCGUUGCUUUUACUGGGGACAGCUAGACAAAUGAACAUCUUACAGAGAUGGCACUUAGAGCUCGAGAGGCUUUAGCCAAACCACUUAGCAACUUCAUCAAUUUGGAGUUCAAAACCUUAGACCCAGCUUAAAUUGUCAAAAUGUUCAGCAUCUACAGAAAGCACUAACGUCAUUUGGAACAAAAGAUAAAAUACGAACCAUAAUGCCUCAUACUUAGCAGCACACAGAACCUGUUAAGCAUCUUGCCACACAUGUUUUCAGCAGACACACACACUGGCACAGAAUGGACUUGGAAACUAUGAUGCGGUCAUUAUACCCCACAAGCACUGUGUUGAUAUGCGAUCAAUUCAU